CAUUCUGCACCUUAACCAUGACAAACAGCACAAACAACUACAGUGAGGAAAGUGACAGCGACUGCCCUGAUGAUGUAUUCGUUUCAACCGUCUCGACCGAAACUGACAUUGAAAGUGUUUUGGAACAAUCUAAGAAGAGAAAGUACAAUUCGAGGAGUAUGCAGUUUAUUGAAAAUACCUAUUUGAUGUUAGUUAUGCUUCUGUGGCUAUCGGAGCCCUGGAAAGGACAAUACAUCAUUGACACUUUUACAGAACUUUCGAUGGCUAGUAUAACAAAGACAAACGAAAUGGUUUCAACCAACUUUCUCCAAGAACCUCAAAUAUGGAACAACCCUGACAUGUUUGUUUAUGCCGUUCCUACACAAACGAAUUCCCCAAUUAUUAGAAUUCGCUGUAGACAGGAACAGCUAGCAAGUAACUCUUCAACAACGUACACAGGGCAGUCAUCGCCUUCUCUAGAACAGCAUCCGUCGAGAGGACACACGCCUGAAACAGAAGGACCACCGACAGCCUCGAGAAUGAACCUGCCUGACACAGGAGGACCACCGACAGCCACGAGAGUGAACCUGCCUGGCACAGGAGGACCACCGACAGCCACGAGAGUGAACCUGCCUGACUCAGGAGGACAACCAACGACGAUUAGGAGACAGACGUGUGUUAUGGAAGGACGACGCAUACCUGAAACAGAAGGACUACCAUCAGCCGCGAGAGCGACUUUGCCUAACACAGGAGAACAACCAAUAGCGUUUAGGAGACAAGCGCCUGCUAUGAAUAGACAAACAUCUGGUUUAAGAGACCACGAAUUGGCGAUGAUGGGACAACCGUCUGCAAUGAGACGAGAACCAUCGUUUAUGAGAGAACAACCAUCUGAUGUUGGGGGACACAGUGCAGAACAAAAUGUGCCUACACAGCAGGUAUAUCCACACAACAUGCGCUAUUUCAUCGAAGAUUUUGAUGGUACUCCAAUAAUCAGGGUUGUCUUGAACACGGAUUUCAUGAACAACUAUAAUCGAUAUGGCGCAAUCUACGUAAUAUCUGAAAUGACGCGACAACCAGCUACUAGAGAACAGCAAUCUCGUGUAAGAAUAGGGGAACAGUCCCGUUGGAGAGGACACCCAUUAGCUAUGAGCGAACAUCAAUCAACCAACAGACGACAUCAGUUUAUAAGGGAACUACCAUAUGAUAUCAGACGCCAGCGUAGUAAUGACAGAAGGCAACCCUCCUCUAUAGGAGAACAAUUACAUGUACAACCACCAGCUCAGAGAGGACACCAUUCUGUAACAGGUGGACGAUAUCCUAGUAGAUAUCUAUCUACUACUGGGAGACCUCCAGCUUCCUUUAGACAACGCACUCAUGACGUGACAGGACAACAUUUUGACAGUGGUAGACAAGAGACUGCACAGACGAUAUAUCCGUACACCAUGUACUACCGUAUCGAAGAAACCGAUGGGACUGAAGUGAGCCGGGUUAUAUAUACAGCGCACUUUCUAAACAACUUUCAUCGUUAUGGGAUCAUCUACGUAAGCCAAUCACCGGAAUCACCAAAAACGGGAUCAGGCACCUCCAAGAAAGAUUGAUGGUUAACUACCUUAGGCUGCAAUUGUAAUUCUACCUGUUUGAAGAAAGAUAACUCGUGUCAAGUUAUUACAAACACUAGUACUCCUACCAAGGGAUAAGAUUCUGUCGAGCUCUUAAAGAUAACCAACAGUAGAAACACUUUAAUAAUCUCACAAGAGGAGUAUAGCAUAAUACAGCUGAUUUUCCGUUGUAUGGAUUGAAUAUAUUAAUAUAUUAUCUAUUUAAUUCGAUAAAAAACGGUACGUACUGCAUAAAUCCGCGAUGCUUUUCGUCAUCGAUUCAUACUCUGCGAAAGGCUUUUUUCCUCGCGGUGAGUUACAAUGAUUGUUUUAGGAACAAGAAUAACGUAGAUAUCUGUAAUCCUCAGAUUUUUUGCUGAUUGAUCCUGUAUCAUACAUGUAGAAAACUCGUAUUAAAACUACAAAAUAUAGUGACAAUGAUUGGUUCUCUAUGCAUCCGGUUGCCACUUUUCAGUAUUACGAUUUUUAAAAAAAAUGUAAUCCAUAUAAUCCAUAUCUGUUAUAUAAGUUUCAGAUUUAAACAUUAAAUUCCUUUUAUUG